CCGCGGCUCGGGGAGGGCCCGGAGAUCGGCCCGUUACGAUAAAGCGGUGCUCCGUGCCGAUUGUUUCAUCAUCUCACCACAGCGUCGGUAACGUGAUAGUGGAGAUGCGGAUUCUCCUCUCGAAUCCGAAUCUGGGCCUAUGAAGGCCUCGUGCUGCUGCCUUUGCUGCGUUUAGCUGUGCGGCUGUCAGCCUCCGAGCUGCUGUGUGUGCUGAUGCUGAACAGUGUGGGAUUCUGCACAGACUGUUCAAAAUGAAUGAGCAUCCGAAGAAGAGGAAACGGAAGACACUACACCCUUCUCGAUAUUCAGAUUCUUCAGGUGCACCUAAAUACAUAGACAACAGUGGGAUUUUUUCUGACCACUGCUACAGCGUCUGUUCUAUGAAACAACCAGACAUAAAGUAUUCUGAAAACAGAGGUAGAUACUACAGUCCGGUGCAGAGUGUAGACACGGAUGAUGAUGGGAGUCCAGUGCAUGCCGGGACUUCUCAGUGGGGUGGGUCACAUCCAAACACAGGGUUGCACUAUACAGACCCUAAAAAGAAGGAUAAAGAUAAAGCAGCUAAUAAUGGAGUGUGCAAAGACACGUGUGACUCGCCUCUGUUCGGUGACAGCCCGACAGAAGAAGAAAAACCUCUGGAUAUUCAAACUGUAGAAAUUUCUACAACAGAAGUUAAUGCUGUAGAAGUCCAUGAUAUAGAAACACAGACUGUGUCACCUGAGAAGCUGGAAGCUGAGGACCUGGAGGAGAUCCCUCUUGAAAGCUGUAAAAUCUUUGAGAAGAACCAGGCUUUGAAUAUCACAGCUCAGCAGAAAUGGCCUCUGCUGAGAGCCAACAGCAGCGGCCUGUACAAAUGCGAGCUCUGUGAGUUUAACAGCAAGUACUUCUCUGAUUUAAAACAGCACAUGAUCCUGAAGCAUAAGACGUGUGCGGACACUCACGUCUGUAAAGUUUGCAAAGAAAGUUUCUCCAGCAAAGUGCAGCUCAUUGAACACGUGAAACUGCACGAGGAGGACCCGUACAUCUGUAAAUACUGCGAUUACAAAACGGUGAUAUUUGAGAACCUGAGUCAGCACAUAGCGGACACUCACUUCAAUGACCACCUGUAUUGGUGCGAGCAGUGUGAUAUGCAGUUCUCCUCCAGCAGCGAGUUGUACCUGCACUUCCAGGAACACAGCUGUGACGAGCAGUAUUUGUGUCAGUUCUGUGAGCAUGAAACUAAUGAUCCAGAAGAUCUGCACAGCCACGUGGUGAACGAACACGCGUGUCGACUGAUAGAGCUGAGCGACAGCUAUCACAGCAAGGAGCGCGGGCAGUACAGCCUCAUCAACAAGAUCAGUUUUGACAAAUGCAAGAACUUCUUCGUAUGCCAAGUGUGUGGCUUUAGGAGCAGGCUGCACACAAACGUCAACAGGCACGUAGCUAUUGAACACACCAAAAUAUUCCCCCAUGUUUGUGAUGACUGUGGAAAGGGCUUUUCAGGUAUGUUGGAGUAUUGCAAGCAUUUAAGCUCUCAUUUAUCUGAAGGGAUUUAUUUGUGUCAAUACUGUGAAUAUUCAACAGGACAGAUUGAAGACCUUAAAACCCAUUUGGAUUUCAGGCAUUCAACAGACUUGCCACAUAAAUGUACCGAUUGUUUAAUGAGAUUUGGAAACGAAAAAGAUCUUCUAAGUCAUCUUCAGAUACAUGAGACAGCUUGAUUACUUUCUUUCCCUUGCAAUAAGCUUGUUAGAAUUGGAAUUAAAAGUACAAUAUUAAAUACAGUUUUAACAGCA